GGCAUGCCAGUGUAACGUUGUUAAUAACAUUUGCUGAGGCGUCAUUUUAAACGUAUUCUGGUUGAUUACUGCAGCGUUAUAACUGAUAACACAGCUCAGCUGCCGUGUGAAGUCCUCAUGAGGUGAUGCUGAAUGUGCUGCGUUGUCCUCUGCAGAGGAUUCUCAUCUCUCCACAAUGGACGUGGCUCCGCUCCCUCUACUCCACCAAACCUCAGUCUCUUCAGGGCAAGGUCUCCACAGACACCCGCAUGAACCCCCUUAACAUUCAGAUGCUGUCAGGGAACCUCCACCAGCAGAUCUUUAGAGGACUGGAACCAGAGUACAGAGAGGACGAUGUGGAGCGCAGCAUUCAGCACUUGCAGAAGCACCAGCUGUGGGGGAAGGAAACUUCACUGCUGCCCGAUGUGGAGCUGAAGCUUCCCAAGAUGUAUGGCAAAAAUAUUGACGAGCACUUUCGUAUCUUGGCCCAGAAGCAGAGUCUGCCCUACCUUGAGGCUGCCAGCCAGCUGCAGCUGGCUGAGCUCCCUUCCAUGCCACAGGAGUGGAGCUGGGAGGUUGGCUGGACACGCUAUGGACCCAACGGGCAGAGUCAGAAGGUUGAUUUCCCAGAGGAGUCAGCACUGGUGUUUGAUGUGGAGGUGUGCAUAUCGGAGGGACAGUGUCCCACGCUGGCUGUUGCUGUGUCUCCCACUAACUGGUACUCCUGGUGCAGUAAGCGUCUGAUUGAAGAGCGGUACACCUGGUCAAACCAGCUGACCCUCGCUGACCUCAUCCCACUGGAGACACCUGUCAACUCUGUCUGCCCGCCAGAGGGUCAGUGGAAGGAGAGGCUCAUUGUGGGCCAUAAUGUCAGCUUUGAUCGAUCUUACAUUAAGGAGCAAUACUUACUAAAGGGUUCUAAGGUGCGCUUCAUGGACACCAUGAGCCUGCACAUGGCCAUCUCUGGGCUGACUGGGUUCCAGCGCACACUGUGGAUGGCCAGUAAGAUGGGUAAAAAUAAAGGUCUUCAGGAGGUCAAGGAACACAUGAAGAAAGCUGUACAGAAAAGGGAGGGCCCAAUGAUUGGCUCCUGGGACUGGGUGAAUAUCAGCAGCAUUAAUAACCUGGCUGAUGUCCAUGCUCUGUAUGUGGGAGGGCCGCCACUGCAGAAAGAGGCCAGAGACAUUUUUGUGAAGGGCAACAUGAUGGAUGUCAGGAACAACUUCCAGGAGUUGAUGCAGUACUGCGCCAUGGACGUUGAGGCCACACAUCAAGUCUUCUCAGAGCAGCUGCCCCUUUUCAUGGAGAGGUGUCCUCAUCCAGUGACAUUAGCAGGGAUGCUGGAGAUGGGUGUGAGCUACCUUCCUGUCAACCAAAACUGGGGGCGUUACCUAGAAGAUUCUCAGGACAUUUAUGAAGAGCUCCAGCGAGAGAUGAAGAAGUCUCUGAUGGCUCUAGCGGAUGAUGCCUGCCAGCUGCUGCAGGAUGACAGAUACAAAGAAGACCCCUGGCUUUGGGAUCUUGAGUGGGAUGUGCAGGAGUUCAAGCUGAAGAAGGUAGCAGCCAGCAAAAAGAAAAGCUCCAAGAAAGCAGCUGAAACAAAAGCUGCCACUCCUCUCCCAGCGUGGGAGGAAGACCCAGGUCCACCCUCUGAAGAGGAGAUGGAAAGCCCCCACCCGAGCAGGCUGGCUGUGGAGAAGCUGAAGGAAACAGUGAGUCGACUUCCAAAGAGAAGGCAGCAUCUUCCAGCGCAUCCAGGGUGGUAUCGUAAGCUGUGUGAGAAGAUGUCAGCGGAGGCCAGCUGGUCACCUGGAGCCAGCCUCAUCAGUCUACAGAUGAGAGUGACUCCUAAGCUGAUGGGUCUGACAUGGGAUGGUUUCCCCCUGCAUUACACAGAGAAACAUGGCUGGGGCUACCUGGUACCUGGACGCAGAGAUAACCUGGUAUCUCAGGAGGAAAAUAUAGGGCCUGUGUGCCCACACAGAGCUAUUGAGGAUGUUUACAGAGAGUAUUGUGAGCAGAACAGCAAAGAGCAGCCUGAAUAUCUGGACCCCAACCCUGCAGAUGACCUCAUCUGGACAGACAGCACAGUGUGGUCAAAGGUGGAGGAGUUAGGUUGCCUGGAAAAUGUGACAGAGGAAAACGGAAUCAGAAUGGGGAGAAAUGGGGAGAAGAAGAAAAACAAGCAGUCCAAAGAUCCAUAUUACAUGCCAGAGGAGAGUCAGUGUCAUUAUCACCAUGGAAACGGCCCCUACAACGAUGUGGAUAUCCCAGGGUGCUGGUUUUUCAAGUUACCUCAUAAGGAUGGUAAUGACAACAAUGUUGGCAGUCCGUUUUCAAAAGACUUCCUGGCUAAGAUGGAGGACGGUACUCUCAGGGCAGGACGGGGUGGAACCAACGCUACACGAGCUCUGGAGAUCAACAAAAUGAUAUCCUUCUGGAGGAAUGCCCAUAAACGUAUAAGCUCUCAGAUGGUGCUGUGGCUGAGAAAGGAAGAGCUUCCUCCUAUUGUCAGCAGACGCCAAGAUUUUGAUGAAGGGGCUCAGUAUGGUGCAAUAUUACCUCAGGUCAUCACCGCUGGAACGGUGACGCGUCGGGCUGUGGAGCCAACAUGGCUGACUGCCAGUAAUGCACGGCGGGAUCGCGUGGGCAGUGAGCUGAAGGCCAUGGUGCAGGUGCCACCUGGAUAUCACCUGGUGGGAGCAGACGUAGACUCUCAAGAGCUUUGGAUCGCCGCUGUGUUGGGAGAGGCUCACUUUGCCAACAUGCACGGCUGUACGGCGUUUGGCUGGAUGACCCUGCAGGGAAAAAAGAGUCAGGGCACUGACCUGCACAGCCGCACUGCUGAUGCUGUGGGCAUCAGCCGAGAGCACGCCAAGGUGUUCAACUAUGGACGUAUUUACGGCGCAGGACAGCCCUUCGCCGAGAGGCUGCUAAUGCAGUUCAACCACCGCCUCGGUCAGGCAGAAGCUUCCAGUAAGGCCAGGCAGAUGUACGCCUUAACAAAGGGCAUACGCAGAUACCAGCUGACUGAGGAGGGUGAGUGGCUGGUCAGUAAACUGGAUAUUGAGGUGGAGAGGGAUGAAAAUGGAAGCAUCUCCCUGCAGGAGUUGCGGAGGAUCAGUAAACUGGCCUCACAGUGGCGACAGAGCAAUCCCGCUUCCUCCCGGCAGAAGAGGUGGGAUAUUGUCGACAAACGCAUGUGGGCCGGCGGCACAGAGUCGGGCAUGUUCAACAAGCUGGAGAGCAUUGCGCAUUCAGCCCAGCCAGCCACUCCUGUUCUCGGCUGCAGGAUCAGCAGAGCACUGGAGCCCAAGGCUGUCAAGGAUGAGUUUAUCACAAGCAGAGUGAACUGGGUGGUCCAGAGCUCUGCAGUGGACUACCUACACCUGAUACUGGUGGCCAUGAAGUGGCUCUGUGAGGAGCACGAAAUUGACGCCCGUUUCUGCAUCAGCAUCCACGAUGAGGUGCGGUACCUCGUCUGCAGCGAAGACCGUUACCGAAUAGCGCUGGCACUUCAGAUAACAAAUCUGCUCACGAGGAGUAUGUUCGCUCAUGCGUUAGGCAUGCAGGACCUUCCCCAGUCAGUGGCUUUCUUCAGUUCAGUUGACAUUGACCAGUGUCUGAGAAAGGAGGUCACCAUGGACUGCGUAACCCCCUCCAACCCCACAGGUCUGGAACGAAGAUACGGCAUACCGCCUGGUGAGGCCUUGGACAUCUACCAAAUCAUCGACAUCACCAAAGGCUCUCUGAACAAAGAAAGCUAGCGCUUUGUGGGCCAAGCGGCUGCCAAUCAGAACAGAAGUUCAAACACACUCAACUGCCAGGAGGUCGUUCAGCAGCUGGGCGAGUUCAAGAUCAGUGAGGAAUGUGUUUGAAAAAGAGGCAUCUUGGCUCACUGUUUCCUCUUCUUCUGUUUGGGUUCUUGUGUCUCCUCUACGUCCUGUGACUCUGUGGUCUGAAAGGGAUGGAAGAAGAAGAAGCAGACACUGAGAUCUCACCCUGCAGAAGCCUACUGAAAUAGAAACUCAACACAUUUCGAUGCAGAACAGGUUCAUUCAAAAACAUCACAUGUGGGAAAACAUUUCAGCAAUUAGCUCAAUCUGUAAUCACCUAAAGAGGGAGGAGGGAAAAGUAACUGCACUAUGAAUGUGUAAGGAAAGGCAGAGAGGACUUUUGGAGCUGCUAGUCAAAGUGUGAGAUUCACCUCCUGACUGUCACCCUGCUCCUGCAGGGCUGCGUCCAGAGUAGCAGCAUUGAUGCGGAAAUCUCUUGAGGUGCUCAGCUUCAUGUACUGCAUCAGAUUUACCUGGACAAACACAGAUGUUGGUGAAACACCGAGUGGCCUUACACAGUGCUGACAGUGUUCUGUAAGUCUCUUUAUGUAGAAUCAGAUUUUGUCAACAGUCUCGAGCAAUCCCGUUCACACAUACCUUCGAUUUCUUUGAGAGUGUGAUGAGGUAUUUCUCAUACUGCUCGAUGCUGAAGAUCAAGUUAGGGAUGGCCUUUGUCUCACGCAGAAGUUUAGCCUGCCAAGAGAUAAUGAAACAGUUUGUUUGAGGCUCACAGGUUUUUGGUUGUACAGUGUAUCUAUACAUUUGAUGUAAUAAAGAUAAACAGAAAAUUAUUAAAUCAAUGUUUUUACAGAGGCAGCA